UAGCAACGACGACAACGACAAUUUGACAACACAUAAAUGCGUUAGGGGAAGUAACUGGAACAAAACAAUUGAAGUUAGUCGCUGUAGCUAUCGAUGACGUUGAAAUGGGCUACAAAGGCAACUUUCCACAGAUUAUGCGCGAGGCAGGCUUCAAGCUGCGGCAGUAUCGAGAUGGGCCAUUGGACUGGCGACUCAUGGGCGCCUAUGAAACGGAUCGGAUACUGCGGGAACAAAACUUUGAAAUGGUGGACGACGCACUGCAGCAUUUAUCCGAAGCGCCGCUGGGCACAGCGCUGGAGACGCACAUACUGGACAGUGGCAUAGCCAAGUACUUUAUAAUGUCGCAAUAUGCCAUACAAUAUCUGCUCUACUGUCGCACAUAUCUGGACGAAAACGUCGGCGAGUUGCGCGAGGCACAUGCUACAGCCCAGCAGGAGAUUGCCAAGCUGCGUCAAUCACUCGGCGAGUCCAACAAUGAAGUUAUCCAGCUGCACAAGAAGAUCACGCAAAUCGAGGCUAUACGAGAAGUCGUCUUCCCCUGUCACUUGUGCACCAAGAACUUCAUCAGCAAUGACGCACUCAAUGUGCACAUCGGCAGGAAGCAUCGUGUGGGUACUCCGACCACCAACUUGCCAGGUGGCAGCGGCUCCAAGGAUAAAGAUAACGAUGUCCAACUGAUAAACACCAUUAAAAUGGAACUGGAGAUCAAGCAGCUCAAAGAGCGACUAAAUGCCGCCGAACGCAAUAUUAAAGAGCGCAGCACCAGCUCCAGACAUCAUGCUAGCCCACGCCAGGAUCAGUCCACAGGCACCACACAAGUGCGCACUGUGGGCAUACAGAGUAAUCUGGCGGAAUACAAAGAGAAGGAUGAGCACAGCAGCGAGGCGAUUGGCAGCGAAGCAAGCGAACGCAAGGAACAGCUUCAUGGACUCGCCGAGCGUCUCAGCAACUUUGAAGUGUGGCAGACGCAGUUGAAGCAGAGUAACGAUCAAUUCAUCCAGGACAUCAAUCACAAGCUGGAGGAUCUAAGUCAUGCUCUGGAGCAGACAAAACUGCGCGCCGAAUCGAAAAUAACAACUGUGGCAGCAGCAACAACCGAAGAUCGUGUUGCUACGCCUUGUCUGGAGGAUUUGGAGCGCAUACUCAGCGAGAAGGUAGCCGAGAUUGGGAAAGUAAGUGCCAAUAAACUGGAAGAAGUAGUUUAUCAGUUGGAAAUGGGUUACAAGGAGAAAUUAGAGGCAUUGGAGCGUGAGUUGAAACGACUCACCGAGCACAAGGAAUCUAAUGUCAUCACACAAAGUGUAUCCAAAAUACCCAAGCCGCUGCCCAAGAAGGAGGAAACCAACUUGGAACGCAUUAAACGGCAGGUGGAAACGGAAUUUCUGAAAACUAAGCACGACGACGACACGUAUUCCAUAGAGGAGCUGCCAGCAGAGCCAAAGCGAGAGCCAGAGCAACAGCAGCAGUCUGCGCAAAAGCAAUUGGUGACACAAGUCCAAGAGCUUCCCAGUCGCAGCAGUUCAGGGAGUCAUCCAACGUUCACAAAGCCCGCAGCUGAGCUUGAGUCCAAGUUAAAGAGCAAGCCCAUCGUCAGCCAGCCAGAGACAAUAGAAACCACGGACAUCAGUGAGAGUCUCAGCGAGGAGGAGGAAACCAUCAGCGAGGAGCCUAGUGACUUCUUCACCUCAGAACCAGAGCGUCAAGUAUUCCAAAUGCCAAAGUCUAAAGCAGCGGCAAAAGCUAAAAGUCCACAGAAGCCACAGCAGCCACUCACGAGGAAAGAUGCACGUAAGCUGGUGAAUCACAAGCUGAAUCCACAUGGCUUCAACAUGAAGUCAAAAAGUAUUUCGGGCAUAUCGCUUAAGCGCGUCAGUGCCGAACUGGUGCAGCACAGGAACAACUUUCGACUGGAUAAUCCACAUUUCUAUGCGACACGUAAUCGCAUACGCAAAUUUGUGGAUAAACUCUGCUCCGCCAAGAUGCCACCAACUGCUCAGUUAAUGCUAAAACACAAGACGCCAAUACAACCAUCUGAUGAUGGAGGCAAAAGCCUCACGGGCACAACACAAAAUGACGAAGAUGGUGAUGAUGAUCUGGAAACUCCUGAUCGCACGUCAUCACAGGAGGAGGAUGAUCCGCUGGAGUUAUCGCCCACUAGCUCUAGUUCGCCACAGCAACGCCAACAGCAUCGCAACUUUAAGGCGCAGUUGGAGCAAAUGUUGGCAAAGCCCGCAGCUCGCGUUGUUUCCAAGACGGGCACAACGCAAGUGCAGCUACAUGCAGCCAGGCCAGUGCCGUUGCCACGCAAGCGCGUUAUGUUCAACACCAUGGGCAUUGACAAAAGUCUGAACGAUGAAGAUGAGGAAAUUAAAUGAGAUUAAAUAAAUGUAUAAAACAAAAACAAACGGAAAAAUUCGUUAUUUAAAAUCUAGUGCUGCCACCCGAACGCGUUUUGUUUUCGUUGGCAAUGCUGGCUAUAAGUGGCAACAAUUGCAUCGCUGUGCUAUCGAUAACAAUCUGUAAAAACACAUGCAUAUCGAUAUGCGAUGACGGCGAAUUCAUAUGGAGAUGCGGCGAAGUGUGGUUGCGCGAAAAAAUUUCUUGACGUCGCAAAAAUCUACAAUAACUUGCAAUAAAUGCUUUAAAACGCAAUUGAAGCGUACGCAAACCAGUGACAAACGCUGAACGUACAUGGCGUAACGGCUAAACUAUUGAAAUUCCUCGGGAGCAGCAAAAAACAGCGCUGUUAAGUGUACAAUAUUACCUGACGACCACACACACAAACACGCACACGCAUACACAAGCAUACACUCCUACACACACACACUGUCACAUACGCUCGUAUAUACACAGACGCACGCAGUUUCACUUGGCCUCCCUCCCUCCCUUGAGCCACCCAAUCGCAUCGAUGAAAUAACAUACAUAACGCGUAUACCGAAAAUACAUAAGCUUGCUUGGCUGAAAUAACGGAGAAGCAAAAAGCACAAAAAGAAAAAAACGCAGGUAAA